CCUCCUCUCCCUCCCCUUGACAUGCCCACAGCUGGUGGCAGCACGCACUCUAGAGCCGUGAUCGCCUUCACUCUCCCACUUCGGGCUCUCUAUCGUCGCAUUAUGCGACACACAAAUCUACCCGUCUCAGUGUCGCAUCAUUCGCACUUAAGUGUUGAUGUCUCCCUCAGUGUUGACUCUGGUGAUGGUGGCAGCGGUGGUGUGGCUGUCAGUGGGGAUGAGCCAUGCUUAGUAUCACAUUAUGUCGUAGAAGAUCCAGACCUUGUUGUCAAUAAUAACAGCGAUAAUGACAAUCUCGAUACAGACAUUGAUGAUGUGGACGAAUUUUCGUGA